AUUUAGUUUAGUAAUGGUUGCUGCCGGAUGGUUGACUCUGAAGACUCGUUCUACCUUCUGCUUUCUACUUUCCAUAUGCCCUUUUUUUGGAUACUAGAAGCAACUGGACCCGUAGUCCUGGGGGAAGAAAAUUCCAUCCAUAUUCUCUAAUUUCUUAACCAUGGAAUCAUUGAUUGUCUCGCCUCUCCUGGAAGUGGUGUGCGAUAAGCUAGCUUCACAUUUUUCCGGUAGAGUUCGAGCUCAUAGGGAUUUCAAGGAAGAGGCCAAGAAGCUGCAGGACACGUUGCAGAUGAUUCAAGCUGUGAUGGAGGAUGCAGAGCAGAGACAGCUGAGGGACAAGAAGAUCAGGGUUUGGCUUUCAAUGCUCAGGGACGUAGCCUAUGAUGCUGAUGACCUCCUGGAAGAGUUCCGGACUCAAGCCCUGCGCAAAGAGUGCUUGAAAAGGCGGCAUAAUCGCAAUAUACGCAUGAAAUUCAUGACCAAGGUUCGAUUGACUUACCUGAGUCUUGAAUCAGUUCCUAGUUCCCUUCGCAUGCCUUGGAAGCUGAGGAAGAUUCGAGAGAGAUUGGAUGAUAUAGCCAAGGACAUGAACAGUUUCCAAUUCAAGGAAGCCACUGCGUAUGAUGAUACCGAGAGUAGAGAUAAAAGAGAGACUGGACCUUGCAUGGAUGAAUCCCAAGUUUAUGGCAGAAAUGAUGAUCUGGACAUGAUACUCGAUAUGUUGUUAAGGAGCAAUAGUGGCGGUAGCAGUUCACUGGAUCCUUCUGUUCUGGCAAUAGUUGGGAUUGGGGGCAUUGGGAAAACAACUCUUGCUCAAUUAGUCUAUAAUGAUGAGAGAGUAACAAAGCACUUCGAUCUGAAAUUGUGGAUAUCAGUGUAUGACAAUUUUAAUGUAAAGAAGCUCACCGUGGAGAUGCUAGAUUAUGCAACCAACUACAGAGUUGAGUCCUCUCAGCUGGGGAUAUUGCAGUCUCAGUUGAGGGAAGCAUUGUGCGGGAAGAGAUAUCUGCUUGUGCUGGAUGAUGUUUGGAACGAAGAUCAAGAUCAAUGGGAGAUUCUGAAAAAUCCAUUAUGUGGUAGUGCUGAUGGGAGCAAGAUUCUAGUCACCACUCGCAAUCACAAGGUUGCAGCUGUUGUUAGGGCAAAUUCAACUUGUACUUUGGAAGGCCUAGCUGAGGAUGAUUGUUGGACUCUGUUCAGAAGACGAGCUUUUGCUGAUGACGAGGAAUUGCAAUAUCCAUUCCUAUUUCCCAUUGGUAAGCAGAUUGUCAAGAAGUGCAAAGGAGUGCCCUUGGCAGCCAAGAUCCUAGGAAGCCUGAUGCGCUUCAAGAGGGAGGAGAGGGAGUGGUUACAUGUACAAGAGAGCGAACUGUGGGAUUUGGAUGAUGGAGAGAACAGACUUCUAUCUGUCUUGAGGUUGAGCUAUAAUCACUUGCCAUCACAUCUGAAACGGUGUUUUGCAUACUGUUCGCUUCACCCUAAAGGGUAUGAAAUAAACAAGCAGAAGUUGGUCCGGUUGUGGGCAGCAGAAGGCUUGAUUGCAUCCGAGCACAGUGGUAAUGUCUCCUUCAAUGAUUUACUGCAAAUGUCUUUCUUUCACCAAGUAAGUAGCACUGAGCAUAGCAAGAGAGUAGAAUAUAAAAUGCAUGAUCUCAUUCAUGAUCUUGCAAAAUCUAUUGCUGGGGAUGAAUUCUUGACACUAGGGCAUAAUAGCUUGCUUGGUGGUUUUGGAAAAAGUCAAAACCUUAAGGCAGCUAGUAACAAUCUAAUGCAGAUUCGUCAUGCUGUGGUUGAUUGUAAUUUUAAGACAUCUUUGAUCCCCGAAACCUUGUACAAGGCAAACAAAUUGCGUACCCUUAAUUUGCUGUCUCCAAUGGAUGAUUAUGGGCAAAUUCUGCCUGCAGUUAUUUCGGCCUUUAGACAUCUCAGAGUGCUGAAUCUGAGUGGAUGCGAACUUGAAAAGCUGCAUAGGUCAAUUGGUGGAUUGAUAUAUCUGAGAUAUCUUGAUCUCUCUAACACUCUUAUUGAAACCUUACCAGCAACGGUAGGCCAACUAUGCAAUUUGCAGACACUUGACCUCUCAGGUUGCAACAAUCUCAGGAUGCUGCCAAGUGAAGUGACAGAUCUGAUGAAUCUGAAGCAUUUGAAUAUAAAUAACUGUGGAAGACUUGCUCACCUGCCAGAACAUAUUGGGAAGUUGUGGAAACUUCGGACACUGCCACUCUUUAUUGUUAGGCAUCCUGAAGGGGAAGAUCUAGAGGGACUCGGGUAUCUGUUCCUUGAGGGUGAGUUGAGUAUUAAGUGCUUGGCGAUUGUACAAAAAAUGAUUGACAAGUUACCUGAUAAUCUUUUGUUGUAUCAAGGACUGGAGUCACUUAAACUCUCGUGGGGGAAUGAUAAUGAGGGCAAAUCAGAGCAUUACUCAUUUGAUCAACUAGUUGGAGGUCAACUGAGUGCAGAUUCAGUAGUUUUGCUUGAAAAGCUGCAGCCAAACAAAAAUAUAUCAAGGCUAUCAAUAAAAGACUACCCAGGGUCAACCUUUCCACAAUGGAUAAUGAGUCCAGAAUCAUGUAUACAAAAUCCAAGUUUCCAAAAUCUCAAAGAGCUGGUUUUGAUCAACUGCAGAAGAUGCACUAGUGUACCUACUCUUGGGAAACUUCCAUCACUUGAAUAUCUAAGCAUACAAGGAAUAGACACUGUGGUAAAUAUUGGUCAGGAAUUCUAUGGCGAAGGUAAUGCGGCAUUCUCAUCAUUGAAACAACUUACACUCAAAGAUUUAUGCAUUUUGAAAGCCUGGGAAAGGGCGGAUACCAUGGAAGCAUUCCCUUGCUUGAGCAGAUUAACCAUCAUUAAAUGCCCUUCUUUGACAACCAUGCCCUGGUUCCCUUCUCUUCAGCAUUUGAAAUUUCGCAACUGCAGUCCUAUGUUAUUAAAGUCAGCAGCAGAGUUAUCUUCACUCUCUACACUUGUAAUUGAUGUAUUUCCAGAGCUCGCAUAUCUACCACCGGGGUUGCUGCAAAACAAUACUUCUCUAACAGCUUUGACAAUAAGUUCCUGCCCCCAGUUAAGUUCAUUGCCAUGGGAUUUGACGAAGCUCGAAGCUCUAAAAUCUUUGACCAUUCGUUGGUGUGAGCAGCUAUCCAUGUUGCCCCAAGGAAUAAAGCACCUAACUUCUCUGGAGUCUUUGGAGAUCAUUGAGUGUCCCAGUCUAGUCACUUUGCCAGAGGAAGGCAUGAAGGGUCUGCAGUCUCUCUGUUCUCUUUCCAUUGAGAACUGCAGCAGUCUUUCUUCUCUGCCUGUAGGAAUAAAAUACCUUUCAGCCCUUGAGCACCUAGCUAUCAUGUACUGUCCAAAUUUGACAUGCAUACCAGACAAUCUGCAACAUCUCUCGACCCUCCGAAGACUAAAUAUAUUGAGCUGUCCAGAGCUUGUGGUUCUGCCUGAAGCCCUAAGGCACGUUACAUCGUUGCAGAACCUGGAGAUUCGCAGCUGUCAAAAUCUGAAGGAAUUACCAGAAUGGUUAUCCUCCCUCAUCUUGCUACGCUCACUGGCAGUUUCAGACUGUCCAAGCAUAAAAUCACUACCAGAUGGUUUAAAGCAUCUCAGUGCACUCCAACAUCUGUCAAUUAGAGAUUGUCCCGACCUUGAAAAACAGUGUGAGAAAGGUACAGGCGAAGGGUGGUACAAGUUAUCUCACAUCCCGUAUGUUUACAUUGGUUCGCCACCAUCAUAGCAUGGAGUUGAGAUUGUAUCUAUUUAUUUGGAUCUUUCACAGAGAUGCAUCCAGUCCUCACACAAUUAUUUUGCUCUCACAAUGUUCUGAUCAGCAAAUUAAUUGAAUAUUGUCAU